AUCUCGCUUAAAAAUAAAUCAUAGUGACUGGUCAAUUAAAUUAAAAUAUGAAACGAAAAGCAAUAAUAUUAUAAUCUUAAGGAAACGACCUGAAGGCUUAAAUCUUAUAUCCAUAAUUAGUUUCCUGAACCAUAGCUGAAAUGAUGGUUUUCGAAAUAAUUAAUUACUUUAUUAAUACAAAUCCUUAUUUGUAAUUUAUGUAGUAGUGAUUUUAGUCAUGAUUGACAUUCAUAUAAACAAAUUAAAACUGAAAAAAAUGAUUAUCCGAAAUAAAACUCUAAUUAAAUUAUUUUUUCUCUUAAUUUUUUGUACAAUUAUUCUGUACGUGAGCAAGUAUAAUUUUAAAAAUAGAUAUGAAUUUGUAAGAGGUAAAGACCUUUUAGAACAAGCAAUCCGAGCAGCUCAAUUAGGUGGCAUUCAAGUUGAAGCGAUCCACAAUGAACAUUUGAUAAAUUCCCAAUCAAAAGGAAAAACUAUCGAAGGUGCAAAUGAUCCAGUUACUAACGCUGAUUAUACAUCUCAUUGUGCUAUGUAUUAUCAAUUGAAAAAAAAUAUACCAAACGUGAAAGUGAUAUCAGAAGAAGAAUUAUCUGAAAAAGAAUGCAAAAAGUUAAAUAUAAGAAAAUUAAAAGAUUAUGAUAACGAACAUAUAACAAAUAUUGACGAAGAAUUUGAGAGAAAAUAUAUAACCAUAUGGAUAGACCCAUUAGAUGCAACACAAGAAUUUACUGAAAGUUUGACCCAAUAUGUAACAACUAUGGUAUGUGUUGCAUAUAAAGGUAAACCUAUUAUGGGUGUCAUACAUGAACCAUUUUCAUCUAAAACAACAUGGGCUUGGCUCUCAAAAUCAAGAUCAAAUAAUUUUAACAAUAUUAAAGUUCCUAACAAAAGAUCAAUUAUUAUUUCAAGAUCACACAAAGGUGAUGUAAUGGGUCUAUUAAAUCAACGGCUAUAUGGUUUACCAGUUGUAACAGCUGGAGGCGCAGGAUUCAAAGUUUUACAAGUUUUGUUUGGAAAUUCAUCAGCUUAUAUUCAUACAACUAACAUAAAAAAAUGGGAUAUAUGUGCUGGACAUGCUAUACUAAAAAGUAUAGGAGGUGAUAUGACAUCGUUGGAAAAUGAAGAUAUUACAUAUGAAAAGUAUACAAGUCUGAUGCAUGUUGGAGGAAUAUUAGCUACUGCACGUGAUCAUUUGUACUAUAUAAAUGCUCUAAAAAAUGGAAGAAGUGAUUGAAGUAAUAAAUAUUAGGUUUGUAUAUUUAUUUGCUUUAAAAGUAAAACUUAAAGACAAUAAAGUUACAACUUUCUUUGAAAUAUAUCAUAUAAUUUAGUCUUUAGAUUAAUUUUUAUUUGUAUUUAAAAGUACAUUUUUGUAAUUUAAAGAUAAGUAUGAUUUUUAUUUUCAUUUAGAUUAACUCAUGUUAUAAUAUUAUCUUAAACAAUCAUCCAAAAACUAUUGCAAUAUUUAUUAUUUAGUAUUUACCAUUUAAAAGUGUUCUAUAAAAACCAAGAUUUUUCCUGAGUAAUAAACUAAACAUCCAUAUUGAUAGAAUCUAA